AUGCCAACAAAGCCUCAACUAAAAAAUGAACUUAAUCAUUCAUUCCUUUCAAAUAAAAACCCCCUUCACUUCUUCACACACAAACACCAAAUCUCAUCUUCCUAAUUACCAACUCAGCAAUAUGGUCACCACCACUCCACUACCACUAACUCUUCUCAUCAUCACCCUCAUUUCCCUUUUCUUCACUCCACAAACCCAAGCCCAAAAAGCCCCAGCACCAUCCCCCUCAGGCCCAAUAAACAUAACAUCAAUCCUAGAAAAAGCAGGCCAAUACACCUACUUAAUUCGCCUCCUAAAAGAAACACAACAACUCAUUCAAAUUCAAUCUCAACUCAACUCAACUUCAGAUGGCUUCACAAUCUUUGCACCAACAGAUAACGCCUUUCAAAAUCUCAAAUCAGGAGCAAUCAAUGACCUCACUGAUGAACAAAAAGUUAAACUCAUUCUCUACCACGUAACACCAAAAUAUUACUCUCUUUCUGAUCUUUUAACCGUUAGUAACCCCGUUAGAACGCAAGCUUCUGAUAGUGAAGGCUCUUGGGGACUUAACUUUACUUCACAAGGGAAUCAAGUUAAUAUUUCUAGUGGAGUUGUUACUACUUCCAUUAACAAUGCUUUGAGACAGCAAUUUCCUUUGGCUAUUUAUCAAUUGGAUAAGGUUUUGUUGCCUUUACAACUUUUUGGAACUAAAUCUCCAUCUUCAUCUCCUUCUCCUAAGGCCUCGGAGACUCGGAACACCACUGUGAAAGGUGAUGCUCCGUCUCCUUCCAAGUCUAGUUUGAAGGAUAAUGGUGUGGCUGGGAAGAAUGUUGGUUUUGGAUUUGUUGUUGGGUUAUGUGUGAUUUGCAUGAGAGUUCUCUUUUGAUGAGAAGUUUUUCAAUCUUCUUCGUCUUUUAUUUUUCUUUUCAUUUGAUUUGAUAUAAACCAGGCCUAUUCUUUGUAUUUAAUAUAUGUAUUUUUUUACAUGUAUGUAUGUAAUGUUUGUUUUGUAUUUUAAAUCACACGAUCGAGUUUGAUUGUAAGAUGAAAAAUAAAAACAUAAGAUACCUAUUUGUCUUUUUAAUCCUCUGCUUACACAAUUAUUGUAAAUAAAUCUAAAUAAUGAACAUACGGUGGGUUAUUUAA